CCAAGUGGUGCGGUUCCUGCACGUGAUCCUCCUGCCAGUGCGUUUGCCUGUGCGUCGUCGACUCCAGAGGCGAGCCCAUGUGGACUUGUGUCGAGAGCUCGUCUAUGUGUCCGUGACUGGACUUCGAUUCUCAAGAGGACGCGUGAAAAUGUUCAUUGUGAAACUAUUGGGGCUGCUGCUAUCGGCGGCUGCGAUCGGAACAGAUGCCUCACCGCUCGCCCGCAUCCAUGUGAAAUUCGUUCAGCCGCCGCACAUCCAGGAGCACGGAAUAACGACCGAUGGAGAACGAAUAAUUGCUCAACAGUCGUAUAUUUCGGUCGGAAGAAGAAAUCCACCAAUAAAUUAUAUAUCAGCAACUCCAUUCAGUAACAUACAAUAUUAUCCACAAUUGGUAUCCAAUCCUUACUACCUUCCACGGAGAACAGUUUACAUACCCAUUGGGCAAAACGGUAUCAAUUACGGAAUCCAAGAUUAUGCCCAUCAGACGCCUGAUUAUUCAAACGGACUUGAUUAUCCGGACCCGUUGCUACUAAGGGGCGAAGCAGCCACAUUGGCAGUGAAGUACAUCUACGGCCGCGGCGAGCUCUUUUUCCACGAAAUUCCCCAUGUGCGCGCGAUCCUGAGGAACCAGGAGGAGAGACGACGUAAUGGCCUCAAUGGCAAUGUGCUCAGCAGCCUCAGACCAGAGUCGCCCUGGUAUCGAAAAAAUCUUUAGCCAUUCCUACGGUGUCCGUGACUGACAUAUUUCGAUGAUUA